UCCCCCACCCCCGUUCCUGGACCCACCAGUGGGGUCUGGAUCCCACUGUGCCGUCGCCGCCUCUUUUUUCGACGCCUUCGCCGCCGCCUGUAGAGGCGACCUAGUCGGGAGUUCCGCCGCCGCUGCCAGAAUGGAUAGAAUGACAGAAGAUGCUCUUCGCCUGAAUCUUUUGAAAAGGAGUUUGGACCCGGCAGAUGAGCGAGAUGAUGUCCUGGCAAAACGCCUCAAAAUGGAGGGUCAUGAGGCCAUGGAACGUCUAAAAAUGUUGGCCCUUCUCAAAAGGAAAGAUUUGGCAAACCUUGAGGUGCCACAUGAGUUACCUACCAAACAAGAUGGCGGUGGUGUCAAGGGUUAUGAAGAGAAACUCAAUGGGAAUCUCAGGCCUCAUGGAGACAACAGGACUGCUGGAAGGCCAGGCAAAGAAAAUAUCAAUGAUGAGCCUGUGGAUAUGAGUGCUAGACGGAGUGAGCCAGACCGAGGAAGGCUAACUCCUUCCCCAGACAUAAUUGUUUUGUCUGAUAAUGAGGCUUCCAGUCCCCGGUCCAACUCCCGGAUGGAAGAAAGACUCAAAGCAGCCAACUUAGAGAUGUUUAAGGGGAAAGGCAUUGAGGAACGGCAGCAGCUUAUCAAGCAGCUGAGGGAUGAACUACGAUUGGAAGAGGCUCGUCUGGUGCUGUUAAAGAAACUGAGACAGAGUCAGCUACAGAAAGAGAAUGUGGUCCAAAAGACUCCAGUUGUACAGAAUGCAGCAUCUAUUGUUCAGCCAUCUCCUGCACAUGUGGGACAGCAAGGCUUAUCUAAGCUUCCUUCCCGGCCUGGGGCUCAAGGGAUUGAACCUCAGAAUUUGAGAACAUUACAGGGUCAUAGUGUCAUCCGUUCAGCAACCAACACUACCCUUCCACACAUGUUGAUGUCUCAACGUGUUAUUGCACCAAAUCCAGCCCAGCUUCAGAAUCAACGGGGGCCACCGAAGCCUGGCAUUGUACGCACCACAACACCUAACAUGAAUCCUGCCAUCAGUUAUCAACCACAGUCAAGUUCCUCUGUUCCCUGUCAGCGCACAACAUCUUCUGCCAUCUAUAUGAACCUCGCCUCCCAUAUCCAACCAGGGACUGUGAACCGAGUGUCCUCACCACUUCCUAGCCCCAGUGCCAUGAGCGAUGCUGCCAACUCACAGGCUGCAGCCAAACUGGCUCUUCGAAAACAGCUGGAAAAGACAUUGCUGGAGAUACCACCUCCAAAACCUCCUGCUCCCUUGCUUCACUUCCUGCCUAGUGCAGCCAAUAGCGAGUUCAUCUACAUGGUAGGCUUGGAAGAAGUCGUCCAGAGUGUCAUUGACAGCCAAGGCAAAAACUGUGCCUCACUUCUGAGGGUCGAACCCUUUGUAUGUGCCCAGUGCCGUACAGAUUUCACCCCUCAUUGGAAGCAGGAAAAGAAUGGGAAGAUCCUCUGUGAGCAGUGUAUGACUUCAAACCAGAAAAAGGCUCUAAAAGCUGAACACACCAACCGGCUGAAAAAUGCUUUUGUUAAAGCUCUACAGCAGGAACAGGAAAUUGAACAGCGAUUACAGCAGCAGGCAGCACUCUCCCCUACUACAGCUCCAGCUGUAUCCAGUGUCAGUAAACAGGAGACCAUCAUGAGACAUCAUACACUUCGGCAGGCUCCACAGCCCCAGAGCAGCCUCCAGCGUGGUAUUCCCACAUCUGCCCGAUCCAUGCUUUCAAAUUUUGCACAGGCACCUCAGUUGUCUGUGCCAGGUGGCCUCCUUGGUAUGCCAGGUGUCAACAUUGCAUAUUUGAACACUGGCAUCGGAGGACAUAAAGCCCCCAGUUUGGCAGACCGGCAGCGUGAAUACCUUUUAGACAUGAUCCCUCCCCGGUCUAUAUCUCAGUCCAUCAGUGGACAGAAAUAACGCCUGUCCACUUAUGCUGCCCAUCCUUGAACCCUUUGCCCAUUUCUCCUAUUGCCCCCCAACUUCCGUCGCAUGCAGUGCCUGUACUGGUGCCUACCAUACACGGAAAGCAAAACCGAAAAAACAGAAGACAAAAAUAGACAUCAACAAGAAAACACACGUCCCGCCCUGCCACCUCCCCUUAUUUCACACUGCUGCGAUCUAUCCUCCUGCUGCUCUGUCUUCUCUCUUCGAUUUCCUUUACCGGUGAGGUGGAUCUUUGCCUCUGAUAGAGGUCUGAAUGAGGUCCUGGGGAGAAUCUAAGUCCUUUGAUGUGUGUUUCUAAAGUUUGUUUAUGCUAUAAUUAUUAUUAUCAUUUUUAAUUAUAUUGUGUGUCUUCCCUUUGUUCUGUGGACGGUUAACACCCCCAUCUUCUGUUUUCUUUCCUUCCCUAUCUCCAUUCUGCUAUUGCUCCCUUUUUAAAAAAAAAUACAAAUGAUAUACAGUUCAGUGACCACAUGCAGAGUGCAAUGGAUCCUCGGCUGCCCUGUGGGACAUAACUGAGAGUGUUAGGGACACUCAACCUGACUUGUGGAAUAGGUAUCAUCAUCGUGCAAGUAGGACUAGCAUCCCAGCUGUGGUUGGUCAGGAUCUGGACAGUGUGAGAGGCUCUUUAAGAAUAAGGAAAAGAGCUUGGAGGGAGAAGCUUAAAACAAAAAACUACCUGUAGGGAGAUUGGGGGAAGAGAUGUGACAUAAAUUAAUAGUGUCCCAAAGAGGAUUGCGACCAGGCCCUGGCCUUUUGUUGCUGGGGGAAUAAGAUGAUCUUCUGACCCCAGUGAGGAUACAGAAGUCUGUUCCAGGCCAACCAUCCCAAGAUUGUUCAUUUUAUUUUCUUUGUAAAAAUUGUCUCCCAUCACAUCUUCCUACCCUCUUAACAAAUAUUAAUCUUUCUUCUAACUGUAGUCCCAGAGGAGUGGCUGCUUCCAGCUGCUGGUGGCUGGCUGUCCUAGAAGUUGGAAUAGGUGUAAGUGAAUCACGUGACAGAAGGAGAGGUUUCUCCCAGCAGUCAAGAUCCUUGCAUUUUUCUAUCUCUUUGCCCUCUUGAAUGCUGAGAGAUAUGGCUGUAGCCCCUAAUCAGGUUGGUGUCCUGUUCCACCUUUGCUAUGCUGACUAUAGAUCCAACUCCUCAGAGCCAAGCAACUUUUGUCAAACCAGCUUUGGACCUCAGCUAUACAAGUAUUGUCUUCCCCAAGCUCCUUUCCCCAAAAUUUUAAUAAUUUUGCUGUUUUUGUUUUUUUUUUAUUUUUAUUUUUUUCUUAGGCGCUACUAAUGUAGAGAAUGAAUUGAAUUGUGCAAUGUUGCUGUUGUGGGGUUAGGGAGGUUAGCAUCCUGUUUGCCCACACUGUGGCAAGGAGGUGGGGACCAAGCUGUUGUGAGGUAAGGGAAGCCUGAAAAUGAAGGGUUUCUGUUCUCCUCAGAGUGUGUGUGCACCUGCCUCUACAGCGCUAGAUGCCGCCAGAGUGUACUGGGGACGCUCUGAGCAGGUGUAUGAGGAGUUGUGUGAUAUUUUGCCCUUGAUAGCCACCUGAGGAAAUUCCCUCAUUUUUAUUUUUAAAAACUAAAUAAUUUUUUUAAAGUAAGAAGGCACUUUUAAAGUUAUUCACACACAAACUGCACACCUUUCCCAUAAAAUUUGGGGGUAGGGUGGAAAAGGAAGCUGAAAUCAAGCUCAGUUCCCCUACUCUGGUCUUUUCACAAUACUCCAGUGCCACUGUGGGUGAUUAUACUGGCCCUACGGGCCUUCCUGGCUUUUCCUUUCCUUCAGAUUCAUUGAGCACUUAAAGGAGCGGAGACACAACUGUGUCUGGACUCCGCAGUGGGGAAGUGACCUGGAAGCUAGAUGCUAGUAACAAGUAGUUUGAGCAGGUCAUUUCAAGUAUUUUUCUGGGGAAUGUGGUGCCCCUGACUGUAAGUGGUGGGGAGGGAGGGGGGCUAAUGGAGCUGGGUCUGGGAUUAUUUUAAAAUUAUAUACAUAUAUAUAUAUAAUAAAGAUAUAUUCUUACAUCUUUUCUUUGCCCUCUGUGCUUUGAAAGCACUGGAUAAAUUGACCUUGUUUUUCUCUUCCACAAAAUGGGAAGUUUCUUUUUCCUCCACUUUUUAAAUGUUUUUCUUAGCAGUCAUCUUGCCUUGUGGCAUGUCUUCUAACCUCUCCCUACCCCGUGAUGAAGUGCCAUUUCUGUUAAGUCUCCCUGAUCCCCAGCUCAGAGGUGCUCAUAGGUACAAGGUGCCCAAGUUUGUCAGUUAAGAUGAAAAGGAACAGAGAGUGUGCAAUACUGUCCGGCUGGGCCGUCCCUGCCCGAGCUAGGCUCUCCCUGGGAGCCAGGCCACUUUGAGUAGGGUUUGGAAGUAAGAUUAUAGAAAUGGGGAAUGGUGGGGAAGGAAAGCCCAUAUAAUACAGUGCCUGUUUAGGUGCUGAGGCCAUAGGGGAGAGGGGAGAGUCUUCCCUGUUUUUAUCCCUUCAGGGUCAGUUACAUAGAAGCUGCUUAUUGACUAGUAUAGCUCUGCAGCCCUUUGCUCAGUUGCUGAGGUUUGAUUUCUCCUCUUUUUCCCCAUCUUCAUGUCCUUCCCAGGAACUAGUGAGAGGGGUGAGAUCUUUCUUAAUCAUGGUAAAGUGUUAGCCUCCAUCUCCUCCCUUAAUCCUGCCCCUGUCCCCUUUCUUAAGCCUCUACAUUUUACAGCAUUGAUUGCCUUGUGUCCUUCCAACCCUUUUUUUUAACUCUCACCCUCAGGCUGCGGGCCUUUAGAUACUAACCCUCAUGCCCAAAGGAUAGGAGGAAAGGCCCUGAGUUCAGCUGUCCUUUACCAUUGGACUUUGGCUCCCAGGUGUCAGUAGAGUGAGGAUCCAACCAGUACACUCUGGCUUCCUCUAGACCCUGAGGCACUAAAAGCUGUCACUCUGCACGGUGUCUUACUCUGUAGAAACCUGGAAAGGGUGGUUUAGUGGCAAGGCUGGGGUAAAAUUAGGAGACAGAGGUCCUUAUUUGUCAGUUUAUUUUGUCACUGACCGUAGCAUCUGAACUCCCUCCAUCGCUGAAUAAGUAUUUUUCCUGCAUUUUGGGAUAUAUGUAUGGUAGACAUUUCUUUUUAAAGACACCAAGAUAAAUGUUUUCCUGCCUUGGUUAUCUUUCCUCGCCCCUUUAAAAGGAAUUAGCUAUAGAACUGCUUUGUAAAGAUGCUUCUUGGUAUUUUACUUUUGUUCCUUUCCCUAAGCCAUUCCCAUUCCUCCCUUUUUUCUAGAAGGCAUAAUCCUUCUCUCCACAGCCCCUUCCCCAACUCAUCCUAGGUUCCCUUCCUUUUUAUCAAGAUCUUCAUUAGCUUAUGAUAUUUGCUGCCGAGAUGUUAUAACAAGGACUCAUUCGUGUAUAUAAGCUAUUUCUUGAUCCAUUUAAAAGGAAUUGUACAUUGUGUAGGAAAAAAAAACUGAAAAAGAGAAAAAAAAAGCCCUAGCCAUGGAUAUUGUGAAACUGUGUUAUGUCAUUUUGUAAUGUGCCCGUUUGUGUAUGAUCCGUGCAAAAGGGUUUCUGGGGAAGGGGAGGGUGUAGGGAGACAGGGCUGUGGAGGGUGGAGAGAGGAGUGGGCCGGGCCCAGCACACUGAGACUGGCAGCUGCUCCAACCCCAUCCCUCCUUAAAGAUGCCACCUCCCCCACCACCCACCCCUAAUUUGUGCCUUGCCCUCCCCACCCUGGAGUAAUCCCUCCAGGUCACCAGCACUGCCUUGGCAGAGCCCACUCCCUACCCUAACCUGCCCACUCUUCCUACCCCCAGCAUUAGGUUGAUACUGUGGGGAAGUGCUGGAGGUUGGGAGGUAGCCGAGGAAUGGGGCAGUUCCUGGGGGCAUUGAAACCAAGUAUUAUUAUGAAUUGUAAUUGUAUUUGCACUGUUUUCCCCCCUCUGAUUGCAUCAGCAUAUAUACAAUAUACCUAUAUAACAAAAUCCAGUGUCAAAGCUUUCUUAUGCAAGGGAUUUCCCCCAACCUUCAGAAAAAGAACCUCAUGGACCUCUGAAAGGGUGGAUUGUCAAGAGAUAGUAGGAAGGAAGGGUUUUAGGCAUCCUAAGGAAGUUACCUACACCAUUCCAGGUUGUGUGCAUUGAGGUGAGGCUUGCUGCUGUGAAUUACAGGGCUCUAGGGCCAGGAUUGUAGAAAAUAAGAAUCCAAGACACACGAAGGCACGGUGUGGAUGCCUGGAACCUACAGACUUGCUGUGUGAUCUUUGGUGGAGCUCAGUGCCUUCAGCCUGUGAUGUGAGGGAGGAAACCACUGGCCUCCACACUUAAGAUCCCACAGUUCUUUUCCCACCUGCCCAAAACCAAAAAGCGCCUGAGGUGAGGGAAGUACUGGACUGCAAGACAAAGGAGGAACUGAAAGGAACUUGUUGGUCUGCUGUUGGCAAUGUCUUUGGAAAGUUGCCAGUCCCUGCUUCAGUAUUGAUGUAGGGAGAGGUGGCAGUAUGUGUAGGCUAUUAAACCAGUGACAUCUUGGUCCUUGUGUUCUAUCCGUGUCAUGACAGGGACCAGGCUCCAAGCCUCACCUUGUACUCAGAAUCCUUAAGAAUGGUUAACCAGUGAAUGCCCACCAGGUUGGUAGCCAAGUUGCUGUCUUUGUGAGCUAUAGGUGUGGAAUUUACCUCAUCUUGGUGACAAGGAGAGCUCAGAUGUGGCCCACAUCUUUCCUUCCCUCAGAUCUCAUCUGAGCCCCUACAGGCAACUGUUGACAGUCCGUCUCCUUCAGAGGCCCAGUUUAUUCCUCAUUUCCUGGGCUGAGUGUUUCUACUCUCUUAAGUUAUUGACUCUGACGCCUGGAGAGAGCAUAGGUUGAUGGGUGAGGCCUUGGUGAAGGUGGAGGAUAG